AUGGUCAAGUCAUAUUUGAAGUUUGAUCACAGCAAGACCUUCGGACAGAUCUGUACCACCGCGGCGAAUGUUGUCUGGGACCCAACUCCCGACCAUGAAGACUUGACGACAGGUAGAGGUGGCGCAGGUUGUGCCUAUGUCGGCGCAAACGAGGACGUCCUGGUGUGGGACUUGAAGAAGUCAGAAAAAAUCCGGGAAUGGCACGUCGAGGACAACAAUGCUCUGGUCACCGUGAUACGCCGAAGUCUGGUCGACUUGGACAUCUUUGCCGUGGGCUACGACGAUGGGAAAAUUCGAAUAUGGGACGCACGAACUGCGACCGUCAUCAUUACCUUCAAUGGACACAGGACGGCCAUCUCGCAACUCACUUUUGAUCAAUCCGGGGUCCGACUGGCCAGCGGCUCGAAAGAUACCGACAUUAUCGUUUGGGAUCUAGUGGCAGAACUUGGCUUGUACCGCCUGCGAGGUCACAAGGAUCAGAUAACAUCCCUCAAUUUCCUCUCGCCAGAGGAUGCACAAGAUGGUACCGACGAGACCUCUACUUCGCAAGGUUUCCUCCUGUCCACUAGCAAGGACGCCUUGAUCAAGGUUUGGGAUCUGUCGACGCAGCAUUGUGUUGAGACACAUGUGACACAGACCAAUGGAGAAUGCUGGGCAUUGGGCCUUGCCAAAGACAGGACUGGCUGCAUCACUGCGGGCAAUGACGGCGAGCUCAAGGUCUGGUCGAUCAAUGAGUCCGUUUUGCAGGAGAAGUUGGGUGCGAGCAUCCAGGAAGGACACAGUAUCUUACGGGAGCGAGGAGCAUUAUACCGCCACGGACGUGAUCGGCCGAUAGCUGUGACUUUCCAUCCCAGGCGUGACUUGAUUGCCGUCCAUGGAGCAGAGAAAGCCGUCGAGUUAUUACGAAUCAGAUCAGAGACUGAAAUCAGGAAAUCCCUCGCUCGGAAACGAAAGAGAAGAAAAGAAAAGGAGGGGCCUGCCGACGCGGAUUCAGGCGUCGAUGUCGCUGAUGACACGGAAGAGGCGGCUGACAUCUCCAAAGCUACCGGCGCGGACGUUUUUGUUCCCUACGUUAUCGUCCGAACAGGCGGGAAAGUAAGGUCAAUAGACUGGGCAGGUGGAAAAUCCGGCAAGUCGGUACAGAUCCUGGUCGCGACGUCCAACAAUCAGCUAGAGCUAUUCGAUGUCUCAGCAUCCGAGAAGAGAAAGAAAUCCUCCGAAACCCCAGAAUACAACCGAACGCUCUCGGUCGACAUGCCAGGUCACCGCACCGACAUACGUUGCGUGGCUAUCAGUUCCGACGACCGCAUGCUCGCGACAGCAUCGCAGGGGAGCCUGAAGAUUUGGAAUACAAAGACUCAAACCUGUCUGCGCACUCUGGACUGCGGACACGCCCUCAGCUUAACAUUCUUGCCGGGCGACAAGAUCGUCGUCGUGGGCACCAGGGAAGGAACCCUCCAAGUCUUCGAUAUCGCCGCUUCAAUAUUACUUGACACAAUCGACGCCCACGAACGAGACAUAUGGUCGUUACAAGUCUCUCCCGAUGGAAAGUCGCUGGUCACGGGCUCGGCUGACAAGAGUGCCAAAUUUUGGCAGUUCAAAGUCCUUCAGGAGGAAGUGCUAGGCACGACUCGAAAAACGUCAAAACUCACCCUCGUGCACACCCGCACUCUCAAAGUCGUCGACGACAUCCUCUCAGUCUGCUUCUCGCCCGACGAACGCCUCCUUGCCGUCUCAACCCUUGACUCGACCGUCAAAGUCUUCUUCGUCGACACCCUCAAACUCUUCCUGACUCUCUACGGCCACAAACUCCCCGUCCUCUCCAUGGAUGUUUCCUACGACAGCAAACUGAUUGUCACCUCUAGCGCAGACAAGAACGUCCGAGUCUGGGGCCUCGACUUCGGCGACUGCCACAAAGCCUUCUUCGCCCACAACGACAGCAUCCUCGCCGUGAAAUUCGUGCCCACCAACAAUGAAGGCAAUGGGCAUCAUUUCUUCUCCGCCUCCAAAGACCGGGUCAUCAAAUACUACGACGCCGAUAAAUUCGAGCAGAUCCAAAAGCUAGACGGUCACAAGGGCGAGAUCUGGGCCAUGGCCGUCGCUCACUCGGGCGAAUUUCUCGUCACGGCAAGUCACGACAAGAGCAUUCGGCUAUGGAACCAGACCGACGAGCAGAUCUUUCUCGAAGAAGAACGCGAGAAAGAACUCGAAGACCUCUACGAGAGCACCCUGUUGACGUCUCUGGAGAACGAGGCCAACGAGCUCGCCGACCCGAACGGUAACGCCGCCGAGGCCGGUCCCGCAGGCAAACAGACGGCGCAGACGUUGAUGGCGGGCGAGAAAAUCGCAGAAGCCCUCGAACUCGGCCUGGAAGACCUGCGCACGAUGCAAGCCUACGACGCGGCGCGAAAAAUUGGCCAAAAGGCCGCCGUCCCGCAGCGAAACCCCGUCUUCCUCGCCCACAACAACGUCUCGGCCGCUUCGUACGUGCUCUCCGUUUUCCAGAAGAUCCCCGCCGCGUCGCUCCAGGACGCGCUCUUGGUCCUCAGCUUCAGUCAGAUCCCCGCGCUGUUCACAUUCCUGGCCCUCUGGGCGCAGGAGGAGCGCGCCACCCCGCUCACGUGCCGCAUUCUGCUCUUCAUGCUGAAGACACAUCAGCGACAAAUCGUCUCGUCGCGACAAAUGAAAGGCAUGCUCGAAGACGUCAGGGCCAAACUAAGACGCACCCUCACCCGGCAGAAGUCGGAAAUGGGGUUCAAUCUCGCGGGGCUCAGAGUCCUAGGCCGCCGAGUCAGGGAAGCUGCUGGGGAGAGUGAAUUCGUCGACGAAGAGACGUGGGGUGAGGCGCAGAAUGCCGCCGGCCAGAAGGGCCAGAAGGGCAGGAAGAGGGAAUUUGUGAAUAUUGCCUAA